GCUAGAAUGGACUUCCUGUCGCAUACUCUAAGCGCCUCUCCCCCGGUCUGGUUUGCUUUCCUGAUGCAUGCCGGGAGCUGUCAGCUGGUCGUUGCACUGCACAGGUGAUGGUUUGAGAAUAGAGCUGGUCUCUAGUGGGACGUGGAGGGAGAAUGAACACUGAAGAAGUGGAGUUACUAAGUGACUCCAAAUACAGGAAUUAUGUGGCUGCUGUGGACAAGGCGUUGAAGAAUUUUGAGUACUCCAGCGAAUGGGCUGACUUGAUAUCUGCGCUUGGGAAACUCAACAAGGUGUUACAAAACAAUGCAAAAUAUCAAGUAGUCCCUAGAAAGUUAACCAUAGGGAAACGACUGGCACAAUGUCUUCAUCCAGCGUUGCCAGGUGGAGUUCACAGGAAAGCGCUGGAAACGUACGAAAUAAUUUUCAAAAUUAUUGGACCAAAGCGCCUCGCCAAAGAUCUCUUUCUGUACAGCGCUGGCCUUUUCCCUCUGCUUACAAAUGCUGCAAUGUCUGUGAAACCAGUAUUACUUAGUUUGUAUGAGAUGUACUAUCUACCUCUGGGCAAGACCUUAAAGCCAGGCCUACAAGGACUGCUCACUGGUAUUCUGCCUGGCUUGGAAGAGGGCUCUGAAUACUAUGACAGAACAAACACCCUCUUGGAGAAAGUGGCCUCGGCCGUGGAGCAGUCUGCUUUCUACAGUGCCCUGUGGGGCAGUCUCCUCACCAGCCCUGCUGUGCGCCUUCCUGGCAUCACCUAUGUCUUAUCACACCUGAAUCGAAAACUGUCAAUGGAAGACCAGCUGUACAUCAUAGGAAGCGACAUUGAAUUAAUGGUGGAAGCCGUGAGUACAUCUGUGCAGGACUCUAGUGUGCUGGUUCAGAGGAGCACUUUGGAUCUCAUCUUGUUUUGCUUCCCCUUCCAUAUGAGUCAGGCAACCCGUCUCGAUAUGAUUCGGAUCCUGUCAGCAGCACUGCGUGUGGUCUUGCGCAGAGAUAUGUCAUUAAAUCGGCGGCUUUAUGCAUGGCUCCUGGGAUUUGACAACAACGGCACUAUUAUAGGACCAAGGAGUACAAGGCAAAGCAACCCAGAGGAACAUGCCUGCUUUUAUUUCAAUACCUUCUCCAAGGACCUUUUAGUACAGGCUAUGGUGGGAAUUUUACAAGGAAAAGAAACGAGCCGAGAAAACGCACUGAUGCAAGAUUUAAAACCAUUCCGGAUCCUAAUUAGUCUAUUGGAUAAACCUGAACUUGGUCCUGCAAUUCUGGAAGAUGUGUUAAUAGAAGUAUUCAGAACAUUGUAUACCCAGUGUAAAGCAGAAUUAGAUCUUCAAACACAGGCACCUUUUAGUAAGGACCCUGCACAGCUAAGUAGUAAAUUACGGGAAAACAAAAGGACCGCGGAGCUCAUUAAAACAGCCAACCUUUUGUUUAACUCUUUUGAGCCUUAUUACAUGUGGGAUUACAUUGCACGCUGGUUUGAAGAAUGCUGCAGGCGGACACUGCAUGCCAGGCUCCAGACUCCUAAUGACAGCAGUAAUCCACCAGAGUUGCCACUUAUCAACUUCUGCUUACUAGUCGAUUUCUUGCUGGACAUUGUGUCUUUGCCUACUAGAAGUAUGAGAGUGAUUUGUCAGGAGACAUACAUUGAAAUACAGACAGAGCAUUUGCCUCAGCUGCUCCUUCGAAUGAUCUCUGCACUAACCAGUCAUCUUCAAACUCUGGAUCUCAAAGAACUGACUGAUUCGCUUAGACUUUGCUCAAAAAUUCUCAGCAAGGUCCAGCCUCCUCUCUUGUCUGCAAGCCCAGGAGGUACUGUCCAGCUCCCCGGGGGCUAUUGCUCCAGUAAAGAGAAAGAAGAGAGGAAGCUGUUUCCAGUCACUCCAGAAAAUCCUGGGGAUGUCUUUGAAGAUGGGGAGAACCCCCCAAGCAGUCGUUCAUCAGAAAGUGGAUUUACAGAGUUUGUGCAGUACCAAGCUGAUAAAACUGAUGACAUUGACGGGGCUCUGAUCAAUGGGCAGGGUGUAGCUGGUCUCCCCUUGGGUAGCACUUCUUCAGAAACUGAAACAGAAUCCACUGUUGGGUCUGAGGAGACGGUGGUACAGCAACCUUCCAAAUGUCCACAGGGAUCAGCUCCACGUAAUAUAAAGGGAACACAAAAAACUGCAAUGCAAUGCUGCUUGGAAUAUUUUCAGCAGUUCCUUACAAGAUUUAUCACUCUAUAUAUUAUCCCCAAGAGCCCAACAUCCCAAAACCCUGCUAUAGACCUUCAAGGAGAACCCAUUGGAGCGCCUACAGAUAGUGCUAAAUGGGAGAUGUCCACAUCAGAAAACGGUAAAGAAAAGCAAACCAUCAAACCAGUUUCACCAAAAGAAUACCGUCCUGCCUUCAUUGCUGCGUGUCAGCUGUUCCUUGAAUGUUCCAGUUUCCCAGUUUACAUUGCAGAGUGCAGCCAUCCUUCAGACAUUCAUUCAGAGAAUGUGGAUGGAGACUGUGAGAAGGUUCAACCACCUGUGUGGCUGCAGACCCUCAUGAAUGCCUGCAGUGCAGCAGUAGACUUCAGUAUUCAGAGUGUGGCCAUAUCUCUAGUGAUGGACCUGGUUGGCCUGACCCAGUCUGUGGCCGUGGAGGCUGGAGAAACAGCAAAUGGCUUGGAAUCCUCUCAGCCCUUAAGCCCAAAUCAAGGGCGUGUUUCUGUUGUUAUCCAUCCUCCUCUUACUGAAGGCAAUUUGAGAUACAUGGCCGAGAAGACUGAUUUCUUCAAGAAUGUGGCACUGACGCUUUGGGAACAAUUGGGAGAUCGGACUCCUCAACACCAUCAAAGAAGUGUGGAGUUAUUCUAUCAGCUCCACAAUCUGGUCCCUACCUCCAGUACAUGUGAGGAUGUCAUUAGCCAGCAAUUGACCCACAAAGACAAGAAAAUCAGGAUGGAAGCUCAUGGGCGAUUUUCAGUCCUGUGGCACCUCACCAGAAAUCUUCAUGUGAACAAGUCUUCAUCCUACGGGCGCACGUUUGACAGGUCUUUAUUCAUCAUGCUGGAUAGUCUCAGCAGCUUAGAUGGCUGCACCUCCUCUGUGGGUCAGGCCUGGUUACAUCAAGUGCUACAGAGACAUGACAUAGCAAGAGUCCUGGAACCGCUUCUCCUUUUACUCCUCCAUCCAAAAACCCAGCGUGUGUCUGUACAGCGAGUUCAGGCUGAGAGACACUGGAGUAAAUCUAUGAGGCAUUUUGAAGAAAACCGGAAACUAUUUAGCAAGACAUGUAAUAGUAGUAAUGCUUUCUCAAAUACACCCAUCUCUUUUGGGAUGACAACCAUCAAGUCAGCUGUUAUGGAAGAGAUGGAAAAUUUUAGUCUUACAGUCAACCCUCUCAGUGACAGACUGUCCCUUCUGAGCACCAGCAGUGAAACCAUCCCAAUGGUGGUUUCAGACUUUGAUCUCCCAGACCAGCAUAUAGAAAUCCUUCAGAGCUCGGACUCUGGUGGUUCCCAGUCUUCAGCAGGAGAAGAAGUCGAUGCUGAAAGUUUAAGUGCUCAAGAUAACUGUUCAAUCUCCAGAGAGGACUCCGUAGAUGAGAUUGUUCAACAAGUCAUUUCUGAUUUGAUAGGCACAGUUCUUAAAAAUGUUGGUGAGGAUCCUGAGUUGAAUUAUUCAUGUACUGAUCAGAUUGACACCUCAAGCAAGAUGAAGGUAUUUGGUGACUCGGGUAUAGCCGCCAAUCAUGAGGAUGAAAUAGCUCCAAGGACUGAAAUUCAUUCUUCAGCUAGAGACCCACCCAACUUUCUCUCAGUGUCUGCAGACUCUGGUAUUGAAAGUUUGGCAAAUGCAAUUACCAGAAACUUGUCUUCUCCUUCGAUCUUGCAUCAUCAGAACCUCAGUGACUUUAAUGGCGAUGUGAUUGAAAGACAGAGCAGGAAAAGAACUCACAGCAGCAUCCAGUUUAAUUUCAAAGGAAAAGUGUCGGAGAAGGAUGCAGCUAACAAAGAGGGGAAUAAAGCAACAGGAACAAAGCCUAAAGUCAAAAUAUCCAGAAGGAAAGACGAUGACAAGAAAAAGGCCCAGAAUGAGAAGACGAAGCAAACAAGUGUUUUUUUCGGUGAGGGCUUGGACCUGGAGAACUGGUACAGUUGUGGAGAGGGGGAAAUCUCUGAAAUUGAAAGUGAUGUGGGCUCUCCUGGUAUAGGGAAAUCGGCACAUUUCAAUAUCCACCCGCUUUACCAGCAUGUGCUUUUGUAUCUCCAGCUUUACGACUCCUCGAGGACAUUGUAUGCUCUGUCUGCAAUAAAAGCCAUAUUAAAAACAUGCCCAACAAUCUUUGUCAGUGCUAUUUCCACCACCAGCGUUAAUAACGCAUACACGCCACAGCUGUCUCUGCUUCAGAAUCUCUUAGCAAGGCAUCGGAUCUCGGUCAUGGGAAGAGACUUUUAUAGCAGUAUCCCCCUGGAUUCUAACCACAGUUUCCGGAGCUCCAUGUAUAUAGAGAUUCUUAUUUCAUUGUGUUUGUAUUUUAUGAGAAGCCACUAUCCUGCUCAUAUUAAGGUGUCUCAGCAAGAUCUGGUGGGCAAUCGCAACAUGCAAAUGUUGAGUAUUGAAAUUCUGACCCUGCUAUUUACGGAGCUGGCCAAGGUGAUAGAGAGCUCGGCUAAGGGUUUUGCCAGCUUCAUCUCAGAUCUGUUGUCCAAGUGCAAAGUUCAGAAGGUCAUUCUCCACUGUUUACUGUCUUCAAUCUUUAGCGCCCAAAAGUGGCACAGCGAACGCAUGGCUGAGAAGAACAUAGUAGCCAUCGAAGAAGGUUUUUCUGAGGACAGCCUCAUAAAUUUUUCUGAGGAUGAACUUGAUAAUGGCAGCACAUUACAGUCCCAGCUAUUAAAAGUUCUCCAAGGCCUCAUUGUUUUGGAACAUCGUGUGUUAACCGUCCCAGAAGACAAUGAAGGUGGCUUUGAUUUUGUCAUUACCGAUCUGGAGCACAUCAACCCUCAGCAGCCAAUGACUUCUCUCCAGUACAUGCACUCCCAGCCAAUCACAUGCCAGGGAAUGUUCCUCUGUGCUGUGAUUAGGGCUUUACACCAGCAUUAUACAUGUAAAAUGCACCUACAGUGGAUUGGCCUCAUCACGGCUACCUUGCCUUACAUGGGGAAAGUCCUGCAGAAAGUGGUUGUUUCUGUGACAUUGCAGCUUUGUAGAAAUCUAGAUAACUUAAUUCAGCAAUACAAAUAUGAAACUGGGUUAUCGGACAACAGGCCUUUAUGGAUGGCAUCCUCCAUACCUCCAGACAUGAUCCUGACCCUUCUUGAGGGCAUCACAACAAUUAUUCACUACUGCCUACUUGAUCCAUCAGGACAGUACCAUCAGCUAUUGGUAAAUGUAGAUCAGAAACACCUUCUAGAAGCUCGCAGCGGUAUCCUCUCCAUACUCCAUUUAAUAAUGUCAUCAGUUACCUUGCUGUGGAGCAUUCUUCAUCAAGCAGACUCUUCUGAGAGAAACUUUACAGCUGCUGCUGCUUCUGUCACCACAGUCAAUCUGGGAUCAACAAAGAAUUUAAGGCAGCAGAUCCUGGAACUACUGGGACCCAUUUCAAUGAAUCACGGUGUUCAUUUUAUGGCUGCCAUUGCUUUUGUUUGGAAUGAAAGAAGACACCAUAAAAACUCUGCGCGCACAAAGGUUAUCCCGUUAGCAAGUGAAGAACAACUUCUGCUUGUUGAACUUGUUCGUUCCAUCAGCGUGAUGAGAACAGAGACCGUUAUACAAACGGUAAAGGAGGUAUUGAAACAGCCACCCGCCAUAGCUAAAGACAAGAAGCACCUUUCACUUGAGGUCUGCAUGUUACAGUUCUUUUAUGCCUAUGUUCAGAGGAUUCCUGUCUCUAAUCUGGUGGAUAGUUGGGCCUCUUUUCUCGUCCUGCUAAAAGACUCAAACCAGCUCAGUCUUCCAGCCCCUGGCCAGUUCAUUAUAUUAGGAGUUUUGAAUGAGUUUAUUAUGAAGAACCCCACUCUUGAAAACAAGAAGGACCAGAGAGACCUGCAGGAUGUCACAAACAAAAUCGUAGAUGCUAUUGGUGCAAUUGCAGGGUCAUCACUGGAGCAGACUACAUGGUUAAGAAGGAACCUAGAGGUGAAGCCAUCCCCAAAAAUAACAGUGGAUGGUACCACUCUUGAAUCAGAUGUUGAAGACAUUAUGCUGUCUCCAGCCAUGGAAAUCUCAAACAUCACUCCAUCAGUGUAUAGUGUACAUGCUCUCACAUUACUAUCUGAGGUCCUUGCUCAUUUGCUGGAUAUGGUGUUUUACAGCGAUGAAAAGGAGAAAGUUAUUCCCUUACUUGUCAAUAUCAUGCACUAUGUAGUACCUUAUUUACGUAAUCACAGUGCUCAUAAUGCUCCCAGUUACCGAGCCUGUGUGCAGCUAUUGAGUAGCCUCAGUGGCUAUCAGUACACCAGGCGGACCUGGAAGAAGGAAGCAUUUGACCUUUUCAUGGAUCACAACUUCUUCCAGAUGGACAGUUCCUGCGUCAGUCACUGGAGGGCAAUCAUGGACCAUCUGAUGACACAUGACAAAACCACAUUUCGUGACCUAAUGACACGUGUGGCCGUUGCACAGAGCAGUUCUCUCAGUCUGUUCACUAACAGGGAUGCAGAGCUGGAGCAGAGAGCAAUGCUGCUAAAGAGACUUGCCUUUGCUAUCUUCAGCAGCGAGAUUGAUCAGUACCAGAAAUUUCUGCCGGAUAUACAAGAGAGGCUGGUGGAGAGCUUGCGGCUGCCCCAGGUGCCCACCCUUCAUUCCCAGGUGUUCCUGUUUUUUCGGGUAUUGCUCCUGAGAAUGUCUCCUCAGCACCUCACCUCCUUAUGGCCAACCAUGAUCACUGAACUGGUGCAAGUUUUUCUAUUAAUGGAGCAGGAACUUACUGCUGACGAAGACAUCAGCAGAACAUCUGGACCAUCUGUUGCUGCUCUGGAGACAACAUAUACUGGUGGAAAUGGCUUCUCAACAUCCUAUAACAGUCAGCGCUGGCUAAACCUCUAUCUGUCAGCUUGUAAAUUCCUGGAUCUAGCCCUGGCACUACCCUCUGAUAAUUUACCACAGUUUCAGAUGUAUCGCUGGGCAUUUAUUCCAGAAGCCUCAGAUGACUCGGGUUUAGAGGUACGACGGCAAGGAACACAAAGGGAAUUCAAACCAUACGUUGUACGGCUAGCAAAACUCUUAAGGAAAAGAGCCAAGAAAAACCCAGAAGAGGACAUCUCAGGGAGAAUAUUGGAUUGGGACCCAGGACACCUCUUGCUUACAGUUGCCACCAUUCGCAGUAUGGAACAGCUUCUGCCUUUUUUCAAUGUACUCAGUCAAGUCUUCAAUAGUAAAGUCACAAGCAGAUGUGUCGGCGACUCAGGGAGCCCGGUCCUUUAUCAGAACUCGUUUACCAACAAGGAUAUUAAACUGGAAAAUCAGAAAAUGUUCUGUAGUAAAGCCAGGCAGAAAAUCGAGGAGAUGCUGGAGAGGGAUUUUCUAGAAGGAGUUCUUAAGAGCUGAUCUGUUCUGCAACUUUGAUACACCACUCACUCCUAAUGUCACUGACGUUCCUAAUACUCAGUCGUGUGGGGACCUUUUUUUAAACUCUGUAUUAUAGCAACAAGCUUCCUACUUAUGAUUUGAUUAUAUUUAAUUUAAAAUAUUUUUAUUUGUAAAUAAAAGUGAGGAUUCUGGAUGUGACCCAAUAUGUAUUAUCUUACAUUAUAGAACAUAAAUUAUUUGUCCCAUGUUGUUGUUUGCUCUAAAAACAAAAGAUUGCAAAUAUAGAUUUGACAUUUUUUCACUUUGGACUAUUUCUUUUAUGCGUCUACAAAUAUGUGCCAAACUAGUGCUGCUUAUGAGUUUAGUCAAUUACUUUAUUCUAAAAUAAAGGGCUAUGUGGACAUAGUAACUUAUUGAAUGCCAGCAAAAUCCCCCCCCUUUUUUUUUUGUAAAUGAAGACCUGUUUUUUGUUCUCCAGCAGCAGUUGUAUAUUUUGUAUGUAGCCUCAGCUAUACAUAGAUGGCAUCAUUUACAUCUCAGAAAUUAGAUUUAGCCAUCGAUGUUGAUACAUAGGGAUCAGCUGUUGAAACUUGGUUUGGAAACUCCAGAUUAAAAGCAAUGUACAGUGUUUAUACAUUUCUUUGUUUUGUUCAGAUAUAUGAAAUAAAUUUGUAACAUGAAGGCA